GUCGGCUAUCCACGCAGCAGCGAGUCGCUCGCUCCGGAACCCGGCGGAGGAAGACAGCGCUGGACCGCGGCUCUAUGCUUUGGGACCGACUCCCAUGGACUGCGACUUUCCGCUUCUGUAGCUCAGGUAAUACCCAAGACCGCAAAGCUUGAGCGAACACAAGAUGGUGAUUAUCAGCGUGGCAUCCCUCAGAAGGACAUCACUGGCCAUGGACACGAGGAACAGAUGUUUGCAGUGAAGAGAGGAGGAAAUCACCAUACCAUGCUGUCGUGAGGCCAGGAAGGAGGGAGCAUUAUGAGUCAGAAUGGAGGAGCAAAGAAAACUGUCACUCGUCAAAUCCGCCAAUAGGCUUGUUGGACAGCACACGCUUAUUUUAAGAGCAAGACCAGAUCCCUUUUUCGCUGUUCAGCUGGCAUCUAAAACUGUUGAACUAUGUAGAAACCUGGCUUCCUCUUGCAUUCCAUAAAUAAUUGCUGGAACCUUUUACUUUUUCUUAAACUGGUAUUUCUGUAUACAUUCCAUGGAUUAGAGUUAAUGCUUUGAGUGAGUGCAAAGUGCACUGGGGUUCAUCCAAGGCAAGCUCUAUUCAUUGUAUUUUAGUUUACACACCUCCUUAUCUCAGCUGUCAAGAGGGAGGAUUCUUUUCUACAGUAACUCACCCAGAGCAAUGGAGAUAGCGCUAGGAAAGGAGGGUUGGGAGGAGUGAGAAGAACAGAGAAUGGCUGUGAGGGAGUGAGCAUGCUUAACCCAGCCACUGAGUGACUCUUGUAUCCAAGGACGAAGGGCCCCUGGGGUUUGACUCGUCUGUCUGGAGUGCCAGGGCUGAUGACUGAGCAGAUCAUGACCAAAGCUAGAGCGAAUCACACAGAACGAUACAGUCAUUUAGCUUGAAUGGGAGUUGCCUUUUUUUUUUUUUUUUAAAUCCAAACAAAAACAAAACAAAAGCUUGUUUCUCUUACUUCACCGGUGGCAUUGCAUCUAAACUGGCCUGCGUCUGUUGUAUGUUUUUGGCAGAGGAGCAGACUGGAGAGGUGGUAGUAACAGGUGCUGCGUGCCAAGGUGGAUUUGGAGGUGUGGAGGCGAGCCGAAUAUCAUGGGUAAAUCAAACAGCAAGCUCAAGCCAGAGGUGGUGGAGGAGUUGACAAGGAAAACCUACUUUACAGAGAAAGAGGUACAGCAGUGGUACAAAGGCUUCAUUAAAGAUUGUCCAAGUGGUCAGCUUGAUGCUGUGGGCUUUCAGAAGAUAUAUAAGCAGUUCUUUCCGUUCGGAGAUCCCACAAAGUUUGCCUCCUUUGUCUUCAAUGUUUUUGAUGAAAAUAAGGAUGGACGCAUCGAGUUCUCUGAGUUCAUCCAGGCCUUGUCAGUGACUUCUCGGGGUACUCUAGAUGAGAAGUUGAGAUGGGCUUUUAAAUUAUAUGACCUUGAUAAUGAUGGCUACAUUACUCGUGAUGAGAUGCUGAACAUCGUAGAUGCCAUAUAUCAGAUGGUGGGGAACACCGUGGAGCUGCCAGAGGAAGAAAACACACCAGAAAAGCGAGUGGACCGUAUUUUCGCAAUGAUGGACAAGAAUGCAGAUGGGAAGCUGACUCUGCAGGAGUUUCAGGAGGGCUCAAAGGCAGACCCCUCUAUUGUUCAGGCAUUGUCACUCUAUGAUGGACUUGUGUAGGCAUGUAAGAUGGAUCCAACUCAGCCUCCUCCUGCGCGUUACACGCCAAUCCAGCACCAUCACACCUGUAACAGGAGGAAGCCACAUUUAACUUGCUCACCCAGAAGUGGGCUGCAAACUUUUGUCGCGCGGUCAUGCGGCAUCUGUGUCAAGUAGCUGUUCGUCUACAUUUCCACUAAGGAUUGCCUCCUCUGAUGUGAUGGAUAAUUCAAAUAUGUCAGCAAAACCCUCAGUCAUUUAUCUGUGCUUCUACAGCUAUGUGGCACUGCGUACACCCUUGAGUGUUGUGGACUGUGUACGAGCAUUUCAGCAAGCGCAUUGUUGUGGUUCCCCCACGGACAGUCCAAGGAACUGAAUUCCCUCGGAGAUGUUAGUGUGCGUCUUGUUCACAUACUGCAAAACGGGAUACAAGAGAUCCGCUCAUAGGAACUGUGCCGCUGCCUCUUCACCACAUGGAGAGACUCUAAACCUGGGAAGAUCUGGAAAAAUGUAUUACAAGGCGGUAACAUGAACACUAGCUUAAAGUUACAGAGCAGUAUAGUUUAUAUUGUAUAAUGUAAAUAUAAUGGUAAUUUAUUUUCUGCUUUGCUGAGUUUAUGGGAAUUUCCUCAUAAAUAUGGAAUGAUGUUUUAUUUUUAUCAAAAGUGUUGAAAUGUAUUGCACUGUAUUUUUCAUCAUCGUGGGAUUUUUUUUCUCACAUUCCCAAGUUUCCUUUUCCUGAGAGAACAGGGUUUUUAUUUGAAGAAGGUGUUGAAGAAGUGGGGGUUUUUCUAUGGAUUAUUUUACCAUGUUUACAGUCUGUGCAUCCUGUUGUGUUUUCACUUCCCGGUUGGCAGGAGCGUCUAGUGUCUGCAGCGUUGCACAGCCACAUCCUGAAUGACAUGACAGGAGCAACCCAGCCAAUUCUCUCAGCUUACAUCUGAAUUGAGGCUCAUUAUUUCUUUUGAGAGCAUCAUAUCCCACCCUCAGCACACACAAAGCCCUGGUCAUUGAGAGGCUCAAACAGACAUCAAUUCUGCUUGUAAAGCUUUUACGAGCUCUGUGGUUGCAAUUGUCCACUUUGUAUUUGUCCUGUGUGAGGCCAGAGCAUGUGAUGAUGCCUUUUUUCAUUGUUGGGUCAUUUUAGUUAGAGCAUUAAGAUGUUUUAUCAGCUUCACUGAUUUUAUGCCUUAUGCAAAUGAUAAUUUACUAAAUGAUAAAUGUCAUUUACCUGUUGAUUAACAGUAUAAGAGCACAGAAUAAAAUGCAUUUAAGUGGCUAACUUUUACUGUUACUGUAUUCUUAGUCUGGAAUGGAUAGAAAAAUGUGUUUAAUUUUGUAUUGUAUUUUUUUGGAUAAUUUAAGGAGCUGCUUUGUCGAAUGACUGUUGCUCAAAUGGUGGUUUGUAAGAUGUUAAACUUCCUUAGUGAUAAUCACUUCUUAAGAAAAUUGUCCAAAAUUGCACACUUCUUAUUGCAUGGUAUUUAAA